AUCGUUGGCGCAAUCGACUCUUGUGCCUUCCCUAACAAGCGUACCGGAAUGGAAAAAAUAUAGUUUUUUGCACAUUUUGCCAAUUUCUGCAAAUUUUUACAAGUUUUUUGGGCCAGUAAACCGUUUUUCACCGCUUAGUUUGUUGGCUCAAGGCCUUCGCAACCAUGUCCAACUGCAUAGAGAUCCCUUUGCAGGACACCGAUGAGGUGAUUGAGGUGGACCCAGAUCAACUGCCCGACUGCCCAGAGGUGUUGAGCAUUCUCAAGCAGGAGCGGGCGCCCCUGCACGUUUGGGUCAAUGUGGCGCUGGCCUACUACAAGCAAAAGAAGACGGAGGACUUUGUCACGCUGCUGGAGGAGUCGCGUAGCGAUGACGCCACCAAGGAGUACCGCGACUCGGAUAAGGACCUCAUGCGCGCCCUGGACAUGCUCGCUGCCCACUAUGUCCAGGAGGCGUAUCGGGAGAAAUCCAAGGACAAGAAACGAGAGCUCUUCAUGAAGGCCACCAAUCUGUACACCAGUGCCGACAAGAUUAUCAUGUACGACCAGAGCCAUCUGUUGGGCAGGGCCUACUUCUGUCUGCUGGAGGGCGACAAGAUGGACCAGGCGGAUGCCCAGUUCAACUUUGUGCUCAACCAGUCCCCCUCGAAUAUUCCCUCGCUGCUGGGAAAAGCCUGCAUCGCGUUCAAUCGUAAGGAUUACCGCGGGGCAAUGGCCUUCUACAAGAAGGCCUUGCGUACAAAUCCGAACUGUCCGGCGAACGUGAGAAUCGGCAUGGCCCACUGCUUCCUGAAGAUGGGCAAUCCCGAGAAGGCCAAACUAGCCUUUGAACGAGCGCUCCAACUGGAUCAACAGUGUGUGGGCGCUUUGAUUGGUCUGGCCGUUCUCAAGCUAAAUCAACUUGAGCCCGAGUCCAAUAAGUUGGGUGUCCAGAUGCUGUCCAAGGCAUACACCAUCGACAAUGCCAAUCCCAUGGUGCUCAAUCACCUGGCCAAUCACUUCUUCUUCAAGAAGGACUACCAGAAAGUUCACCACCUGGCACUGCACGCCUUCCACAACACUGAGAACGAGGCGAUGAGAGCAGAGAGCUGUUACCAGCUAGCGAGAAGCUUCCAUGCCCAGAGCGACUACGAUCAGGCCUUCCAGUACUAUUACCAAUCCACUCAGAUUGCGCCGGCUAACUUCGUGUUGCCCCAUUACGGACUGGGACAGAUGUAUAUAUAUCGAGGAGAUACGGAAAAUGCGGCUCAGUGUUUCGAGAAAGUGCUGAAAAUCCAGCCAGGCAACUACGAGACGAUGAAGAUUCUUGGAUCCCUGUACGCGCACUCCAAUUCGCAAACCAAGCGGGACAUGGCAAAGACUCACCUCAAGAAGGUCACCGAACAAUUUCCCGAGGACAUUGAAGCCUGGAUAGAACUGGCUCAAAUCCUGGAACAGAACGACCUGCAGGCCUCGCUCAAUGCCUACGGCACGGCUUCUAGUAUUCUUCGGGACAAGGCCAAGUACGAGAUACCCGCUGAGAUUCAAAACAACGUGGCUUCACUGCACUACCGCCUAGGCAACUUGAAGAUGGCAAAGGACACCCUGGAGUCGGCUCUGAAGCAUGCGACGUCUGAGAUGGACAAGGAUGUAAAAUACUAUGAGUCCAUUCAAGUCACCAUGAAGUACAAUCUGGCCCGUCUAAACGAGGCAAUGAGUAGCUACGAUGUGGCCGACAAGCUGUACAAGGAGAUCCUCAAGGAGCAUCCCAACUACAUUGACUGCUACUUGCGACUGGGUUGCAUGGCAAGGGACAAGGGUCUGAUUUUUGUGGCUUCCGAUUUCUUCAAGGACGCGCUGAACAUCAACAACGACAAUCCAGAUGCGAGAUCCCUGCUGGGAAACCUUCAUUUGGCCAAGAUGCAGUUCGCUUUGGGACAGAAGAACUUCGAAACGAUCCUUAAGAAUCCUGCUACUUCAACGGAUGCCUACUCACUGAUUGCUCUGGGAAACUUUUCAUUGCAAACGCUGCAUCAGCCGAGCAGAGAUAAGGAGAAGGAGAGGAAGCACCAGGAGAAGGCUUUGGCCAUAUUCAAACAGGUUCUUCGCAAUGAUCCCAGGAAUAUUUGGGCCACCAAUGGAAUUGGUGCCGUGCUGGCUCAUAAAGGAUGUGUGAUCGAGGCGCGUGAUAUCUUCGCCCAGGUGCGCGAAGCCACUGCCGACUUUUGCGACGUGUGGCUGAACAUUGCGCACGUUUAUGUCGAACAGAAGCAGUACAUCAGCGCCAUUCAGAUGUACGAGAACUGCAUGAAGAAGUUCUACAAACACAACAACGUUGAGGUGAUGCAAUAUCUGGCAAGAGCAUAUCUUCGGGCCAACAAACUGGUCGAGGCCAAGGCAGUGCUACUUAAGGCCCGUCGAGUGGCUCCCCAGGACACAGUUUUACUCUUCAAUAUAGCAGUGGUCCUCUCACGUUUGGCCAUGGCCAUACUCAAGGAUGAGAAGUCUACUCUGGAAGUUGUGCUGCAGGCUGUCCACGAACUGGAGCUGGCUCAAAAAUACUUCCAAUACCUGUCCGUGCAUGGGGAUAAGAAUCGCUUCAACAUUGAGGUGGCUGGAAUUGAGGCAAACACCUGCCAGGAUCUUCUUUCCCAGGCCCAGUACCAUGUGGGUCGUGCGCGUCGCAUUGACGAGGAGGAGCGCUCGUUGCGCCGAAAGCAGGAGGAGGAGCGCGAGGCCUUUAAAAUUAAGGUUGCGGAGCAGCGCAAGCGGCGGGAGGAGGAGGCCAAGACCUCCAGGGACCAGUUGUUAGCCAAGCGGCAGGAGUACGUGGAGAAGACGAAAAACAUGCUCAUCAUUGCGGACUCUGCGCCUGAGAAGGAUCGCAAAAAGGGAGGCGGGCGAGCUCGUAAGGAUGACUAUAUCUCCGGCACCGAUAGCGAAAACGAUGGUCCUCGCCGUGAGGGAGAACGUCCCUCGAAGAAGAAAAGCAAGGCGGAACGGAAAAAGGGCAGUGGUCGCAAGCGCAAGACGGAAAAAUACGAGAGCGACAGCGAGGAGGAGCCGCGCACCAGUGGCAAGUCUGGAAAGAAGAAGGGCAAGAAGCCAAAGCCGGUUAAGGAAUCCAAGGAGAAACUAUCCGCUAAGCAGCGCCUCAAGGUGCUGUCCAAGGAGACGAUCUCCACCAGCGAAUCCGAAUCUGACGGCAAGCGCAGCAAAAGCAGAAGCAGGAGUCGCAAUCGUAGUGGUAGCCGGAGUGGCAGUGGAUCUGGAAGCGGCAGUGAACGCGAGGCCAGCCGCAAGCGCAGCAGGAGCAGAAGUGGCUCUGGAAGUGGGAGCGACAGUGAUGGAGCUACCAAGCGCAAGCGCGUCAAGAAUCGCAUCGAAUCUGGCGGGGAAUCGGAUAGAUCUGGGUCCCGUGCUCGCUCCAAGUCGAGUUCCCGCUCAAGAUCUCGCUCCAAAUCCGGAUCUCGAUCUAGGUCUCGCUCCAAGUCGGGAUCCCGUUCAAGAUCGCGCUCAAAGUCUGGUUCCCGCUCAAGAUCGCGAUCCCCGUCGGGUUCAAGAUCCCGCUCUCGCUCUGGCAGCCGAUCCAAGUCCGGAUCCCGCAGCAGAUCAGGGUCUCCGGAAAAAUAACGCACCACUCAAGCGUGUUAAAUCACUUUUGACUAUAUUUAGAGUUUCCUUCGAGAGCUGCGAAAAGAUACUAAUAAAAACAUUCUAAUUGCCACACAAAGGCAGUGGAGUAA